AUGGUGCGACCGAAAGACGAGGACGGCCCGGAACGCGAGGCGACCGACCCGAAGAAAGUCGACCUCCUGAGUGAGCUCUUCGUCGUCUGCAGCGACAAAAUCGACGACAAUGUGACCAUUUCGAUUGACUGGAGCGACCACUUUGCCGAGCGCAGUCGGAGCUUACGGAACACUGAGCCACACGUCACGGCCACGAAACGAGCGAAACAGACCGACCGCAGCCGUGCAACAACUGCAGCCACAGCCACAACAACUACAGCCACAACAGCCUCAGCAGCUACAACAACUGCGACACUCCCAUCGGUAUCGUCGCUCGGGGCCGCCCGUGUCCCUCUGCUCUCGCGAGCAACGAGUCAGGGCGCGUACUUUAACGGCUAUCGCCAGAGUCUCGAUCCCGACCACACUGUCGGUCGCACGCGCGUCCCGUGGCACGCAAAGUGGGGCGCGGACCGCUGCGAUGCGGCGCUACGGCCGACGCGCAUCGUCGCGUUCGACGUGAGCGGCAAACUCUUUCGCUGCAAAGAGAGUCUGAUCGCUCAGUAUCCGCUCAAGCGGCUCCACCAGAUCAUCACGUGCCCCUGCGGCAAAGUCGGCUGCCUCAACGACGCGUUCUCGAUCGACCGCAACCCGCAGCACUUUGAAAUGAUUCUCGACUGGUACCGCACGGGCAAACUCGUGCGCCAGCGCAACGUCGACGAAGACGCGUUCAAAGACGACGCCAUGUACUUUGACUUGUACGACGAACUGUUCCCCACGACAGUGACGGGCGACCCGUCGCAGUCGUGGGCGACCCCAAAAGCCGCCUCCGUAUCGGGUCUACCGGCCCGGCGACGGUCCGUGAACGACGUGGAUCUCGGCCUUAGUACUCCUCAGCGAGUCAGUAUGUUUGCCAACAUGCCGUCGACCGACUCGUCGCAGAAAAAGAACACGACAACUGCAACUGCAAUAACAGGUACACCCACUUUAACAAUGACGGCAGCUACCGACGGGAACUCGACCGAAGACGAGCAACCGGAAGAUGUGGGACUGCCGACGACGAUCGAGCAGGGACCGCUGCGGUUUUUCCGGCGCGAGCGACGCGAGUUGACAGCUGGUGGUCCGCCGCUGGUGUUUACGGUGCGCAAGUUUGAGCACUUGGUCGUCGAGCGCGUCAGGGGACGCGGGAAGCUCCUGGUCCGCGUGGCCGACGGUAGUGGACUGCAGGCCGUGGGUGUGUCGGAGGCGGUGCUCUACGACAGCCACGCGCGCUCGUACUCGAAAGAAGCGCGUGGCCAGCUGCAGCCGCACACGCUGUUGCCGGGAGACCACGUGUACACGUUUUGGGUUGAGACGAAUGCGAGUGACGCGAGCGUGCAGACGUCGGCUCCGCUAGCGCUCGACAUUGAGUUUAAGCUCUUGUUCACGUUCGAUCCCGUGGAUCGACUGACGUCGGCGAUGGAAGUGGAGCUCCUGCGUGCGACAGCGGCCUGUGGCGAUGCGAUCUGCGCGCUGACGACUGCGGAACGGCCUUCGCCGCCGAACUGGGAGACGGAUUUGGUCGUACCCCGUCCGUUCGUGCCGCAAUCGCCGUUGCAAGCAACGCGCGGUCCACAAGUUGCGUGGCCUCCGACGCCCGUGAGCGAGCUGGACAAUGAGGUGUCGUCGCUGAUGGCAAAGCGACGCAGCGUCCAAGUGCGUGGGGACGAGCAGGACCCGUCGUCUUCAAUCCGACAUGCUGCUGUGACCACGCGGGAAGACGGCCACCUUACUGCGUCGGCAGUCUGUAGAGGGCCGUACCAGCGCUUGUCGACGAGACGCGACGCAGGCGGCUGA